UAAUUAUAAACAAUUAAUGAUAAUUUGUGUAUGUAUAAUGCAUUUUAGACAUAUCAUUGUGUAUAUAAUAUACAUUUUAGAUGCAUCUUAGUUGCGUUACAAAAUCGACUUCAUAGGACGUAACUUUACUUUGGCCUCCGCUAAUUGGCUGAUCUCGAUAAAGGACAAAGCAUACGCAAGCGAAUCGAAUGAUCCCAAACAAUAGAUCAUGCAUGAAGCUUAACGUUCAAACAUACGAAAGUCAGUCUGAAACUAACGUUCUUCGGGUAUACUUGUGUUACCGCCAAAUUACAGGAUCAUGCUUAACAUGAAUUGACUUUUGUAUUUUCGUAGUAAUUUCGUUCGAGCUAGUUUCGUUUUUCGUGGUCGAGAUUUCUUGUUCGCAAAUUUUCUCGCGAAUACCUGUGCAUGAUCGCAAAAUCUCUCAUUGAUCAAAACUUUAGUGUUUUAGAAUUCAUAGAAAGUAUUGUAAAAAAAUACGGCUAAGGAAGACGAGAUUACUAUCCCUUCGACGAUUGAUUCUUUGACAAGACGGAAGAAUGUCGUCAAGCGAGAAAAUGACAAAACUUGAAGGGAGAAAAAAGUCCGUGAACUUCGCGAGGAAGGUAUCAUCUGCGAAAUUUGAGACAAUUGGAAGCGAAACGUGCCUUCAACCACGAUUCGCCAGCCACACGCUAUCGUCGUUGAUGAAGACACGGACGCCGAUAAACCUAAAUAAGUCGUCUUCGAUUAGGAACGCGAGAGCGUCGAAGAGAUCGCAAAAAAACAUCGCCUACAAAAGACAGAGCGGAAUUUACAAGAGACGCAGCGUUUCAAAACAAAAUAAGAGUAUGCGGACCCUUGUGACGAUCCUCAAGAAACGGGAGAAGGAUCAUCGUGCAUCUGGUUUUCUUCAGGAUAGCGAGUUAACGGGAAAACAGGGAGUCUGUGAAUGUGCGGAGAAUUCGCUCGUUUUUUUCUCGAGCGACGUGAUCAAAGACGUUUCUCGAGAUCUGAAAAAAUGUCCGGCAAGUCCGGCUAAAUCGGUGGUUUCUCGUAGCGAACCGGCGAAAGUUGUUGAUCAGCUUGACAAGCACGUGGAAGACUCGCACGCUCUUCAGGAAAAAAUGGGAUAUAUGGAUAGUUGCUUGUCUCCGUUUCUUCAAAGUAAUAUUGAAAAUAUUCGCGACAAUGUUCAAGAUCGCACGGCUGUGGAUGUCGCACGUCAAUCGCAGUCAAGGGAGGAGGAAGAAAAAUUCGCGAAAAACUCGCGCCGCGAAGUCAAAGUCCUUCAUCGUCGACCGAGCAAAUCUUCGGAAAGACUUGUAGAAGACUUUUCGAACGAGGAUUGCUCUGCGCAAAUUCAUCGGGAAAGUAUGCCGGCAAACGUAAACAAUGCCCCAAUAGAUCGUAAAUAUGCAUUUCGACGUGGAAAUCGAAGAACUUGGGCGAUCAGGAAAGCUGAAACAAGAUACGUUGAUACCGAUCAGACGUAUAACGCUGAUUUACAAUGUUCCCGAAACUUUAAAUUCACGAGACAUGUCAAUAAUUCACAGAAUAAAGAUGACAGAUCAGUUAUGAAUUAUGCUACCCGAAAAAGCGGUUUUCAAGGGAAUCUCGGUUUUACCAAUCAACAAGUUUGGAGGCCACCCGGUAUCACUAGAUCUUCGAUUGUAAAGAGCACAACGUCUUUAACGCAACCAACAUCGCAAAAAUGGUCUCGAUCUACCGACAGAUACGUCGCUUCGACAGAGAACAAAUAUUCGUCGAUUAAACCUAUCAAAACGCUUAAUAGCGAACCUAUGGCUACAUUGAUAUCCGUAAAUCAGUCCAAGAUGUUGAUGAAGGAGAACCGAGAUCCUUGCGCAAAUUGCGUAACGAAAAUUUGCGAACAUCUCACAGAAACGAAACAGCGACAAAGACUACAAAGCGAAGGAACAUUACCGAAGAAAAGACGCUCGAUUAUCAAAGUUAAUUCAAAGACUUCGAAUAAUUAUAACAAUGCAAAUCCGACAAGAUCAAGGUCGAAAUCGAGAUCGCGUUAUUAUCAAACGGUUACACCGAGAAGAUCUUCGCGAAAUUGGAAUGAACAGAGUCAUACUGAGUCUAUCGCGAAUCACAGCAGAAGAUCAAGACCUUUGGAAGUAAUCCAUGCAUUGAAAGAAAUUAUUGAUAGUACAAGAGAGGAUGAAGAUAUAAAAGAAAACGCCAUGAAUAUACCUAUUAUUGAUGUUUUUAACAACAAAGAAAAUGACGACAGGCUCCAAGUGCAGUCAAUUCGUGACGUUUCUAAGGAAAUUUCGCGGAACGAUGAGGCAGAUUUUAUUAAUAAUAAACAUUUUGAUGAGCCGGGUCUAUCUUUUGAGCAAUUAGUUUGCAAAUCGAUCAGUACGCAAACAGAAAAAGAUCUCGAUUUGACGGAAAUUUUAAAGCUCACUGAAAUUUCAAUGCAAUCAUUAAAUUGUAACAAUGUCAUUGAAACCGGUUGCAAUACGACGCAUUAUAAUGCCAUUUGCAAGGAUGCGGAAGUUUCCUGUGAUUUGAUAGACUUGACAAAUUCAGAAGCAGAUAUUGAUUCAACAGCGAUUGAAGAUAAAACACUGACAUUAGAAGAUGUUUCAAUUCAUACAAAAUCUAUUAUGCAUACUGAAAACAAUAUUGAAGAUAAAUAUUCUGAUAAGAGCAAGGAAUUUUCACUCAGCGAAUGCAAACAGAGUUCGAGUACAGAAACAAUUUUGAAAUUACAAGAUUAUGACAUAAUGGAAGAAACUCCAGCAAAAAUGACAAGUUUUAUCACAGAUGAAGAAAAAAUAAUAGACGAGAAUUCUCAAACUUUUUUAAAAUUACCUAGAAAUUUUGACGAUAAAAUGAAUAUUGAUACGCGACAAGCAUCCGUCAAAUAUUCCAGUGAUUCAGUAAAUAAUCUAUUUUUAGCCUCCUCGUUCGAGGAUAUCGUAGAAAACGACACUCUGCAUGGAAAUAUAGUCUUGUCAGAAUUGAAUAUACCAAGUGACGUAAUUGCAGCUUUCGAACUUGCAGCGGAGCGCACGCUCAAUCUUCGUAAAGCCAUCAUUAUAUACUACGAAAAUUUAAUAUCGAAGGAAACUAAAAAACGAGAAGAAGAAACUGAGGAUUUUGAGACCGUCGAAAAAUGUGUUUCUCUCGAAAAUUGCGAAAUUAAGAAUCGAAAAAGAUCCGAAUGCGACGCAAAGUAUUGUCGCUUCGAUGCGGCUAAUGACGAAGAUAUCGACGGAUUUUCAACAUGUUCUUCUAGCAGCAACUCCGAUCAAGUGUAUGAAUCUGCAAUACAAAAAUUAUCAUUAGCUAAUUAUUAUGAACAUGUGAAUAAAGAAAAACUGAAGUUGUUGGCGGAACUGGUGGGCCAAGUGGGCCAUGCCCUACAGGGCAUGCAAGAGGAGUACGCGCUCGAGAUUUUAGAAUCGAAAGAAGAUGAGAAUGAUGAUAAAGAUUUUAACGCCACAGGAACGAUUAAAACUUUAGCACUUCCCAUGACAGAAAAAACUUCUUCGGUUAUCUCGUGCGGGAAUUUGUUGGCUCUCAUUUAUUGUAUUUUGUAUUCCAUAGUAUUUUGGUAUUUGCAAUUUUCGUUUCAAUGCGAUCCUGCGAUGUAAUCUUUCUAUAUAUAAUUAACGUUAUUUUCAUAGUUUUUCUUCAUGUGCAAUAUGACAUUGAUUUUUUAUUAAUAUUCGUUCACAUGUGUUAUAUUCUCUUUGGUUCUAAUUUUUUAUAUUUAUA